AUGUUGGUGCAAAACGCCGUCUGCUGCGCUGGUGGAGGUGCUGUUCCUGCCGGGGAUGUUUGCUGCGACGACAGCGCGGGCGGCAGCUGCGCGAUCGGCCUGACCUGCGGUUUCUGCGAUACCGACGGCGUUUGUUGUAGCGACGCUUCAUGUACCGUGUUGGCAGACACAGACGGAUCGUCCGUGACACUCGGCCCAGACGACUGCAAGGCCACAGCAGGAAACACACAGGCUUCUGUGGCAACAGUGGGGGCCAGCGGGUCGACAACUCCUGCGUCGACUCCCACGCCGACUCCGUCCGAGACUCCACCGCCGGUUCCAACCACGACUGAGACCCCACCGCCAAAGCCUUCCAGCACGAAAGCACCACCAAAUCCGACUACAUCGGCGGCCAUCACGGUGGUCGUGACAUCAACCUCUACGACGCCGGACCUAUUCACCAGCACCGAGGUGGUGCCACCCCCAGAAUCGACCACCGCGUCAGUCGCUCAAAGUGCUGGCGUGGGGAGAGGUGUCCAGGGCCAGGGACUUGUCGCGAGGACUACCGUCGCGCUAGUGACGGUGAGCUUGCUGCUGAUGCUCGCUUAA